ACAUGAAUCACCAUUUGGGCUUAGAUAGGGGGUGGAGAAUUCCAGCGCUACAGCACAAACAGUUUUAACUGUCAGCUAUUCUGCUACUUCGAUUUGUCCACGUUCUUUAUUAAAGGUUGAUUUCAGGAUUUCCACCUUGUUAAUUCAACAGGGACCAUUUUCUGACUGUAGUUACCUCUGACCUUACUUCCUUACAUCCAUAGAAGCAACAACAGUGGUUCCAUGUGGUCAGCUCAACCCCUUUAAAUCCACUGAUCAUGUACCUUGUUAUUUGCAUGAUGGCUAGUUUCUUGCCCAAUAGUGGUAAAAGAGAAUUCACAUACUGGGAAAUUUGGCUUCAAUUACUGUUGUUCCCAGUCUACUGCCUGUGACCUUUCUCCAGAUGGGCAGUCACUUUGAAUUACGGAUGCCCCAAAGGAGUAUUAAUCAUGCCACUGGAAUGGAACGAUCAAGCAAUCAAGAAUUUUGUCAGCUGACCGAAAACGUAACUCCUACAGUCCACAAUUUGGGAGAAAGUAGCCAGAAACAGGGCAGCCAAACCACUAAUAUUUCUCCACUAUGCAGAAAUCAUGAUGCAGAACUCAGAUAUGCUUCUCACCCAGCAAGCCCUCAGUGUUCUAAUGCUCUUGAAGAUACCAAAAGCAUUUUCUUCCAAAUGGGGAGCAAAAGAAAUCUAGACUAUUAUGCUACUACACAAGAGCAAUUUGGAAACAGCUGUAACAACUUAAACAACAGUCCACAAGUCCAAGCAUCAGAGAAAGUGACUCUUGUCGUAGAUGGCACUAAAUUUGUUGUAAAUCCCCAGAUUUUCACAGCUCAUCCUGAUACAAUGUUGGGAAGAAUGUUUGGACCAGGACGAGAAUAUAACUUCACUCGGCCAAAUGAGAAGGGUGAAUAUGAGAUUGCAGAAGGAAUCAGCUCCACUGUUUUCCGGACUGUACUGGAUUAUUACAAAACUGGAAUUAUUAACUGUCCCGAUGGGAUUUCUAUUCCUGAUCUCAGAGACACAUGUGACUACCUUUGCAUCAACUUUGACUUUAACACAAUCAAAUGUCAAGAUUUAAGUGCAUUGCUACAUGAAUUGUCUAAUGAUGGGGCUCACAAGCAGUUUGAUUGCUAUCUGGAAGAGCUGAUCCUCCCUAUAAUGGUGGGCAGUGCCAAGAAAGGAGAACGUGAGUGUCACAUUGUGGUACUAACAGAUGAAGACAUAGUAGACUGGGACGAAGACUAUCCACCUCCAAUGGGAGAAGAAUACUCACAAAUUCUGUAUAGUUCUAAGCUCUACAGAUUCUUCAAGUACAUUGAAAAUCGGGAUGUAGCAAAAACAGUUUUGAAAGAGCGUGGUCUGAAAAACAUUCGAAUUGGUAUUGAAGGUUACCCCACCUGCAAAGAGAAAGUGAAAAGGAGACCUGGAGGGCGCUCAGAAGUUAUCUAUAACUAUGUUCAACGCCCAUUCAUCCAGAUGUCGUGGGAAAAGGAAGAGGGGAAGAGUCGCCAUGUUGACUUCCAGUGUGUUAGAAGCAAAUCUCUCACAAACCUUGUGGUGGGGGGGGAGGAUGUAGCAGAAGACCAGGAGGUUAUGCUACAUCAUCCUCCCCAGGUGGAUGAACUUGACCGAUUAAAUGCACCAUUAUCUCAAAUGGAUGCUAAUGAGCUACCAGAUUAAUACUGUGGCUGAAGUGCACUAUUUUCUCAAAUGGACUUGAUUGAGCGGAUUAGGGCUGAAUACCCACAGCAGCCUGCUACUAGUUUUCAUACACCUGGAUCUCUUACAAGCUGUUGUAUUAUCAAAACUGCUUUAUUCUCUCAAUAUAGUCUCUAUAAGCAGAGAGGACUAGUGUUAUUACAUCAGUUGCUGAGGGGUCUCAGGUAUUCUCCAAAGAGGAGCUGGACUAUGGCUGUCUUCCGGUGUACGCCCCCACACAACUCAUAGCAAAUGGAGUCUAGUUUCCCCCCCCUGAAGUUUCCCUUUCAGCAGCUCUCCAACUCCCUAAAUUGCUUCUUAAUCUCAGCAACCAGCUGAGAAGAAAAUGAAACUCUGAUAAAGAGACAUACCAAACUGAAACACACCCAUGAAUCAUGGCUUAUAGUCAGAAUUUGAGCUCAGCACAUUGGGAACAUCUCCUGAACAAGCGCUCAUUAAAAUAUAUAAUACUGUAUCCUAUCAGUUUUCAAGAUGCCGAAUGCUAGCCUGCACAACAAAAUGCUGUAUUUUCAUCUCAGAGUAUAAUUACUUUACAGUCCUGCUGUUUAAAAAUAUACUUAACAAAUUUGGGCAGAAGAUGUUAAAUUAGUAAAUCUCAUUAAAGUUGUAAUCCUAGGCAAGUUUACCUAGAAGUAAAUCCCACUGAAAACAGUGGGACUUUUCUUUCAAGCAAACAUGCAAAGGAUUGUGCUGUAAAUCUACUGAAGGAUUAAAGCUCUUGAUGUACAGUCGUACAAACUAUGAA